UGAUGUGCGCCUUCGAUCCACAGUUUCACAGUAGAAAGGCACACUGAGGACUCUGGGUCAGGUCCAGCAGGCACAUCCUGGCCUGGACUCACAGGUCUAGAUUCUGAAGGAAACACACCAGCAUUGUCUUUGUUUUGUUUUUUUUCUGAGGACUUCUCUGGUUGUAAAAGAAGAAGAGUUUCUUAAAUGAAAGGAGUCCCUGACAUCGCUGUGACUGAACUCCCAGCCUUCUCCAGAACCAGUAUUCUUCCUCUCAGCGAUGACUUUCAGGUGGCGACAGACAGAGUUGCUGGCAAGCUGAGUUCUACUCUCUCAUGGGUGAAGAACUCGGUGUCCCACACGGUCAGUCAGAUGGCUAGCCAGGUGGCCACGCCCACGUCCCUGCAGACCACCGCCACGACCUCCUCCUCCACCUCCCUGUCCUCGUCCGGCCUCACGCCGUCCUCGCCGUCUCAGCUCAGCCCGGACGAUGUGGAGCUGCUCGCCAAGCUGGAGGAGCAGAACAGGCUGCUGGAGACGGACAGCAAGUCGCUGCGCUCCAUGAACGGCUCCCGGCGGAACAGCGGCUCCUCCCUGGUGUCCAGCUCCUCCGCCUCCUCCAACCUGUCCCACCUGGAGGAGGACUCCUGGAUCCUUUGGGGACGCAUCGUCAACGAGUGGGAGGAGGUGCGCAAGAAGAAGGAGAAGCAGCUCAAAGACCUGGUCAGGAAAGGCAUCCCGCACCACUUCCGGGCGAUCGUGUGGCAGCUGCUGUGCAGCGCCCAGAACAUGCCCAUCAAGGACCAGUACUCGGAGCUGCUGAAGAUGACGUCGCCGUGCGAGAAGCUGAUCCGCCGCGACAUCGCCCGCACCUACCCCGAGCACGAGUUCUUCAAGGAGAAGGACAGCCUGGGCCAGGAGGUGCUCUUCAACGUCAUGAAGGCGUACUCACUGGUGGACCGGGAGGUGGGCUACUGUCAGGGCAGCGCCUUCAUCGUGGGACUGCUGCUCAUGCAGAUGCCGGAGGAGGAGGCCUUCUGCGUGUUCGUGAAGCUGAUGCAGGACUACAGGCUGCGGGAGCUCUUCAAGCCCAGCAUGGCCGAGCUGGGACUCUGCAUGUACCAGUUUGAGAACAUGAUCCAGGAGCAGCUGCCAGAGCUGCACCUGCACUUCCAGGCCCAGAGCUUCCACACCUCCAUGUACGCCUCCUCCUGGUUCCUCACCAUCUUCCUCACCUCCUUCCCUCUGCCCGUCGCCACCAGGAUCUUCGACAUCUUCAUGUGUGAGGGUCUGGAGAUCGUGUUCCGAGUGGGACUGGCCAUCCUUCAGAUGAACCAGGCCGAGCUGAUCCAGCUCGACAUGGAGGGAAUGUUACAGCACUUUCAGAGGGUCAUCCCCCACCAGCUGGACAGCGGGCCGGACAAGGUCAUCCAGGCUGCUUAUCAAGUCAAAUACAACGCCAAGAAGAUGAAAAAGCUGGAGAAAGAGUACACUACAAUCAAAACGAAGGAGAUGGAGGAGCAGGUGGAGAUAAAGAGGCUGCGGACCGAGAACCGGCUCCUGAAGCAGAGGAUAGACACGCUGGAGAAGGAAAGUGCUUCCUUGGCAGAUAGAUUGAUCCAGGGACAAGUGACCCGAGCUCAGGAGGCGGAGGAGAACUACCUGGUCAAGCGGGAGCUGACCACGGUCAGACAGCAGAGCGAGGAGGCCACUGCUCAGCUGGAGAAGGCCAAUAGCACCAUCAGGCAGCUCCUCCUCCAGCAGCAGCAGCAGCGGCGGCCGGAAGCGAAGGCGGCCCAGCGCACCUCGGAGGAGUCCGUCCUGCAGCUGGAGAGGGAGCUGGUGCAGGCCCGGCUGAAGGAGGCGGAGUCUCAGUGUGCUCUCAAGGAAAUGCAGGACAAGAUCCUGGACAUGGAGAAGAGAAACACUUCACUGCCAGACGACACCAACGUGGCUCGUCUGCAGGAGGAGCUGAUCGGGGUGAAGCUGCGGGAGGCCGAGGCUCUGACCGGCCUGAAGGAGCUGCGCCAGCAGGUCCGCGACCUGGAGGAGCACUGGCAGCGUCACCUGGCGCGCACCGCGGGCCGCUGGAAGGACAACCCCAAGAAGAACGCGCUGAGCGAGCUGCAGGACGAGCUGAUGUCGGUGAGGCUGCGGGAGGCCGAGGCGCAGGCCGAGCUCCGGGAGUCCCGCCAGAGGAUCAUGGAGCUGGAGACGCAGAACCAGAUUCACGGUAACCAGCUGCGGCGGGCGGAGCAGGACAACCGCAGCCUCAGCGACCACGUGCACACUGUGACGGUGCAAAACAAAGAGCUGCACGUGCAGCUGCAGGAGAUCAAGAGGAGGCAGGCGGAGAUCGAAUGCAAGAGUAAGGAGGAGGUGAUGGCGGUGAGGCUGAGGGAAGCAGACAACAUCGCCGCCAUGGCCGAGCUCCAGCAGCAGAUCUCUGAGCUGGAGAUUCAGAAGGAAGAGGGAAAGGUUCAAGGCCAGCUGAACCACACCGACUCCAGCCAGUACAUCCGGGACCUGAAGGACCAGAUCACGGAGCUGAAGCACGAGAUUUGCUGCCUGAAGGGCCAGAGGGGUUUAUCCAGCCAGGCGACCUUUGACCCCUUCGACGGGAUCCACAUUGUGAAUCACUACGCCGGGGCGGCCGAGUCCUACCAGUCCUCGGACGACGACGCUACGCCGCCGCGUCGGUCGGCAUCCAGAGCGCCGAGCGCACAGAGGCACGGCGGCCGCAUCAAGCUCCGCCCCAACCUCAGGGUCACGGACAGCGAGGAGGACGAGGACGAAGACGAGGAGGAGGACGAGGACGAGGUGGGACGGCGAGUCCUGCGGCUCAGCGUGCCUCCGAGCAGCAAGAGCGAGGACGUGUCGCUCUGAGCGCGUCCGUCCCAGAGGACGCCGGGGCGGAGCCAUCAUUUCAUGUCCUCUGAACCCCUGGCCUUCUCUCCACGUCCCGGUUUCAUUUAGUUUUUUUUUGUCCUGCUUCAGAGGACGCAGGACGGGAGACGAGUCCCGCCGUCUCGGACGCCAGCCAGAGACACCACCGGCAAUAGAACCAUCGACUUUUAUACUUUUUAAACGCAUUUUUUAGACAAAGGUGAGACGACGCAGCGAUGCCGUUACUCGCCGUGCAGCUCACUCAGAGCCGUGCGAGUGUGUGCGUCUGCGCUUGUGUGUGUGUGUGUGUGUGUGCGUGUGUGUGUGUGUUCACAUAUAUAAAUCUAUAUUUGUACCGUGUUGCGAGCCUGGUAUCAAAGCAGCCUCCGUCAGCCAGCAGUGAGAUUACGGCGUGGUGUCGGCGCUCGCCGCCUGCCUUCCUCCACCCGGUCAGCCUGACGUCUGCACAUGUAGAUAUGUUGAUGUGUAUCAUGUCUUUAUGUGUGUUUGUAGCUUUUUAACUUGAACGUGUGUGUGUGUGUGUCCUCUGAUGUUUAGGACUGUUGUACUAUAAAGGGACUUUAUAAAUUAACGUGUUAAAGGGGACCUGUCAUGAAAGCUGACGCCCUGACACACCGGCAUCAGAUCUGUGUAAUUUGACACCAGCCUCUUAUCCUUCAGCAGCACGUUGACAGUUUUAAUAAAUUGUCUUUUAACUUUUUGUUAUUUUUAGCAGGGCUGAAUAUAACCAUGAGGGGGUCCCCUUUAAGACGAGCCGGACGGGGGGGCGGGGGGGGUGGGGUCUCUGAAGUCCUGGUCCAGGAGACUCGGUCUCACCAGGAGCCUUCAGCUGGCUGCUGCAGGGACGGACAGACGGACGGACUCGUUGCUCUCGUACAGGAUGAGAAGAUCCGCCGAGGACUGAUACUCCGUCCCGCUGUGGAUUUGCACACGAACAGGAGACGGCGGGAAGCGACCCGGAGACGUCCGAAGACAAAUCAGGAGCUGAACCAAAGCGGAGAGCGCUCCCCCCUCCCCUCCAGAAGCCAGUUCCACUCCGUCUUACGCACACCGGCCGGACGGGGACGUCCGAACCGAACACUAACUCCUCCGAGUGUGAGACGCCGAUGGUCACCACACCCCUUUGACGAACCCCGUCGUGUUCUGGCACUUUUUAAAAACUGUUUUUUGAGUCUUAUUUUUAUUUUGAUGAAUCUACGGUGCAGUAAGGGACGCAUGACAACACUAUGGAGCGGUCAGCAUAACUACAUGAGAGUGUGCGUGUGUGUGUGUGUGUGUGUGUGUGUGUGUGUGUGUGAGAAAUGACUUCACAAUAAAUUGAUCAGCUAACCGUUGUCGUCUCUUUGAAUGUGGCUCUGCUGCAGAGAGCGGUAGAGACAUGAGCUCUGCCUCCUGCUUGGUUUGAGCUCCUCGGUUUGUUUUCAUCAAGUGCUUCUUCUGGUUUUUGCAGUUCUGCCUCAGAAACUCAUUUCAUGCGAAGAAUCCAAGCGAUUGCUGGAUUUCCUAAUCUUCUCUGGAACUGGUAUAUUUAUGGCGUUGCACUAAAAUCUAUUUUACAACAUUUGAGUUACACAUACAACAAAUUCAGUAAUUAAUAAAAACGUGCUUUUAAUAAAAUAACUGAAACGUUUCUCUCUGUAUCGUGACUUAUUUCCAGUGAAAUUUACUGGUUUUAGUUUCGCUAUCUUUACCUCCCAGUUCAGAUGCAUGUAGGAAACGUGUGCGAAUACGCAGGGACAACAUGCAAACUUUACACAACUCAGGAUUGUGGGUUGCUUCAGAGCAGCGGCCACAGGACCCUGGAGCAGCGUAGA